CUCAGAAGUUAUGUUGUGUAUUAAGACCAAUCGUAAAGGUACUAAUGAAAGUUUACGCAGCAGUAAAAGUGUCGGUAAAGCGCCCAUGAAGCUGAGACUCAAGGUUUAUCUGGAUGAAAGGCAGAAAGUGGCAGAAAUAUUUGUUACACAAGUGACAAAAUGCAAAGAUAUAGUGCAAAGGUUACAACGACAGAUCCAGGAGACUGAUUGCUAUCUAAUAGAAGUGUGGCAAGGAUGUGAACGUCUUGUACCUGAUAGUGAGUCAAUCUUCAGUACUUUACUUGAAUGGGGAAGCGAUCUGGAAGAUGUGAAGUUUUACCUGCGACCAAGGGAGGAGAUACCAUCUUACUCACAAGCUGUUAAUGGAUCAACAAGUCAAAGGGUUAAUGGUUUUAAAGAGGAAACACCACUUUCACGAGAUGUGCUUUUAGGCGGGAAUAGAAUAUCGAUUAGUGAACUGAAAGAAUUCGCCGCCAGACAACAGCAGGAGAUUGCAGCUAAAGAAAAAGAACUUAAAGCAAAGCAGGUUCAGUUUAUGGAAAUGAGACGGAAAUUACAGAACAAACCUCAGAAUCCAUCUGUGCAGCAGUUGUCGGCUAAAGCCGAUGAGCAGGAACAGCGGCUAAGAGAAUUACGCCAUGCGCAGGAUCAAACAGAUUCUUAUAAACUAAGCAAUGGUGCUUUGGCCGAGGAAUUGGAAAAUGUACGUUCCCAUUUCAUGGAGAAAGAAAAAGAACUAGCAAUAGCAGUUGCAAGAGUUGAAAGCCUCACUCGGCAACUGGAUAAACAAAGAAAGGGAUGGUCUCAGGCAACUCCAAGUCGACAGAAAACGCACCAAGAGCUGGAACUAGAACGACUUCGAAAGGAAUUGAUGACGCGGAACGAAUUGAAUCAUCAGCAAAGCGUACAGAUACAAUCCCAAAAACAGCUCCUCGCGGAAAAACACAAAGAACUGUUUGAACUUGAAUCCCAAAUUGACAGGCACUCCAAUAAUUUACGGCAUAAAAGAUCACAGGGUAACCACAUCGCUGCUUCGAACCAUCACGUCGUGAAUGGGGUCACUUCAUCCACAGACGAACCAGACUUUUUGGAGAUGGACUACAGCAGUCUAAGGACCUUCUCGAAACGACAGCAUAAAACGAACAACGCCGAGUCUAAAAGCGGAACCGGAAAUUCUGCUACUACUUCCGGUUCCUUUCGCAGGCGCGGUCGCAACGGCAGAAAAUUAGAAACGUUGCUUGAAGUAGAAGAGGAAGUUUCUGACGGUCACGCAAGUAAUAAAUCGUCGACGGAAGACCUAACGCAGGGACCAGGUCCACCGAGAGCGUCACGCGUGACAGAGUUGAAAUCACGCUUUGAAGCAGAAGGCGUGACGUCUGCAAAGAUGGUAAAUCGGUCUCCUAGUCCUGCUCGCCGCGUGGACCCCGAAGGAGUUGAAACACCUCCUAAAAUGGCUGGUGUCGACGGUUUGCAUUCAGUUAGUGAAAAUCGAUAUUACAAUGGAAGUGAUUUAUUUGACUAUUCUUCCUUGAAGUCAAAACCUUCUCAUGUAAACGAGGAGGAACAGAUCUCCACUUCAAAAGAGGAGGCCCUUGAAGUUUCACCUUCGUCAGAAGCAAAACCUGAACCAGCACACAAUGGCACGGAGUGUUCGAGUCCUAGUGAUGGAGAAGAUUUUUCUGGACACAGUUCUCCUUUGUCGGUUGCGUCUUCGUCCUCUUCUUCAUCAAAUUCGUCUACUUCCAAAGCUGCAGUCUUUGCAAUUACGGGCGUUGUGAAGAAGACGGGGAACUUUGCGCCCCAAUCAGAGAAGCCGCAGUCCCAAUACUCAGAAUCAUUUUCGCCUCAACGCUUACCCCAAGGACUUUCGUAUUCAAACAUGUUUGAAAAUUCUAGAGCUCAGCCAGAGCAGCCAGUUGGUGAUGUUUUAACGCCUAAGAGUGACGAUGGAGAUUUUCCAUUGCAAGCUCGCCUGGUUAAAUCAGAAGGGUUUUCAACAAAAAAUGAAAAUAUUGGCACCUCAGCACAACCGACGGUGCUUGAUUUUUCAAGAUCAAGAAUGAAACCCCAACAACCAAUACAUGAAAGUGUUCAGAAUAACCAAAUGAAUGGUAGGAAAGUCGAACAAAAGUUUUCCAGUCCACCUGAAGUAAAAUCUUUAGCGACCAAACUUGAACAAUUCAAUGCAAGGAGUGCAAAACCAGCUACGGGUGCACAAAUUGGAAGCGAUAGAGGAAACGUUUCCAAACGGACUGAGCUGAAAUCUACGGAUUCUUCGGUUAAAUCUGGAAAGAUACAGUUGUCACGGCUUCGGUAUUCGACGGGCACUUCAGUCAACAGCGCUCUGCCGCAACAAAUUGUGAUGGAAAACAGCGAUUCAGAAAAAAACGUGAAGGAUCUAUCGUCAAAACGAAACAAGGAAACAGCCUUGAUGGAUGCUUCAGGGGCAAAUAGGAUGGAAAAUUCAUCGCAUGCUUCGCUGCAACGGUUAUCGCAAAACUCUAUCCAAACAAAUGGCCAUGCUGAGAAAGAAGAUUCGGUGGCGUCAAUUAACGAUUUUGGACGCUCAAGCGAAAAGGAAAGAUCUGAAAAAACUUCAAACCGAAACGAUGAAACUGAUAGCUCAAGAAUGUUCUAUGAAAAACAAAAUAAUGAUAUCUUGCCUGUGGAUGAUGCGCAAACCCCGCCAUUAGUAUUUCGACCAAUAUCUUACCGCGCGAAGAAGUCAGCUGGUUUGCAAAGUAGCGUCAGUACAUCUGCCGAUCGAUCCGAACUCGGUUCUGCGAUUUCUAAUUCGGUAUCCAUUCGUGGCAACUCGUCUUCGCUUACGAAGAUAACGGUAACGCCGUCUGCUUCGUAUUAUAAUGCGAGAGAUUCGAACAUCCCCGAGCAACGUUCGCCUGUUCCGACGAGUAAACGAUCUAGGUUUAUGUUUCACAGCGUGACUCCUACUUCAUCCGAGGGUGACACUUUACUCGGUGGCACUUUUAAUGAACAAGAACGCAAGGAAUUCGGAGACAAUGGAAAUUUAGACAAGGAAACUGGACUCACAAAUACACAGAUUGAUAACAAGACACGAGGAAACACAGAUGCUCGCCUAAAUUCCAAACAAGUUGUUUCUUCAUUCAAUAUACAGCUAUCGAGUCGGAGUCAAAAAUGGAAACAAGGACUGGAAGAAAUUUCUUCGCCUGAGAAAAUUAGUAAAUCAGAUCAAGGGAAAGAAAAUAAUAAAUCUUCGGAACUUGUCUCAUCAAGAAGGAAAAUCUUCGAAGGUAAAGAGCUUAUUGUCGAAAGUAGUCGACCCAGUUCCAAAAAUGAACAAACUAACUCCGAAAGAGACCGAGUACCUCCCGAAAUCGGGCCGUUUUAUCACGACAAUGGUAAUUUAAAACCUGAAAGUGGUCGACUUAGCUUCGGAGUUGGUAGACCAGAUGUCGAAAGUCUUCGAUUAAGUCAGAAAGGAGAAAGUGAGGAAACGAAUGAAAACACACCGAUAGAUUUAUCUUCCGAACUUUCAAUUUCUCCGAAUGCAAAUCUUCCCGAUGUUACUAAAGUUGGUUUUCAGAAAAGCCAACUUGAACAAGCACGUUUGUCUAAAACCACGUUAUCUUCUUCAGAUGAUGGGAUCCAUGGGUUCAAAGCCGAACUGAGGCCAAAGGAUUCACAUGAUAAAAAUGACACUCUUUCAGGAACCAAUCAAGGUUUAAGACACCUGGAAACAAAGGACAGGGUAACAGUUCAAGAUUUCCCAAUUGAUAUCAAUAAUAUUAACACAGUGACACCCUUGUCUGUAAACGGAGAUAUAGGACUUAAUAGUCAGUCGAAUAACUCCGUAUCAGAACUCGCGCAAGAUAAGCGGAAUAUCGAUGAAACUUCAAAUUUCGCGCUAUUGAAUAGAGAUGUACAUAACAAUUCUCCAGAAAACUUAUCCAGCGGGUUUACUGAAAGUGACGCCACGUCUGCUCAGAAGAUUUCUAAAAAGAAGAGGCCGAGGCGCGUCAGCCUUGACCCUUAUGCUGUAUUACUGGACGCUGCAGUUGAGGGAGAACUGGAUCUAGUGAAGCUAGUCGUUCGUGAGGUGGAUGAUCCCAGUGAACCGAACAAUGAUGGUAUCACAGCCCUUCACAAUGCUGUUUGCGCAAGUCACGAUGAAGUGGUUAAAUUUCUCGUGGAAUUCGGUGUGGAUAUCAACUCCCCAGACUCGCAUGGAUGGACUCCACUUCACUGUGCAGCUGCUAACAACGCCACAGAAAUGGCUCGCUUCCUGACUGAACAUGGUGCGUGUAUUUUUGCUGCUACUUCACUAGAGAAGAAAACUCCCAUGCAGUGUUGUGAACGGGGUGUACCCGAUUACUUUAGCUGUAUGAAAUAUCUGAAUGAUGUUCAGGAAAACUUCGGACUCGUUAACGACGGUCGGGUUUACGCACUCUACACCUACACAGCUGAAAAGGACGACGAGUUGAGCUUCGAAUGCGGCGAAGAAUUACUGGUACUGACGCGGGGAGAUGAGACCGAGAAGGAAUGGUGGUGGGCCCGGAACAACCGCGAGGAGACUGGGUACAUACCGAGAAAUUUACUUGGGUUACGCCCCAGAAUUUCGCCCGUUUGACGAGGCAAAAGAAACGCUAAUCUAAAGAAGGUGAACUUAUGUGCAUGAAAUACAGUCAAAGACUAAAACAAGCUAGGACAUAUUUGGGGGAUCAUAACUUAUAUCACAAAAUUCUUUUUAAUAUUACUGCUAAAAACCAUGAAAGAGGUUGUGCCUCAAAAUCUGAUUAGAAAACAGUGAGUGGUAAACUGUAUCAGUAACUUAAUGAUAAUAGUGUCUUUACAUGCACAAAUAGCAAUUUUUUUUUUUUCAAGGCCAGGUAGUAGCAGAUUUGUCAUUCUGUUUUGGAUCUAGUGUUGAAUCACUUUCGAAUAUUUAUAGAAAUAGUGGCUAUUUAUUUUUUAAAGAAGUAGAACUUAAUAAGAUUCUUUUUCACAUCGACAAUAGUUCAAAACACAAGCAUAAUUUUUUUAGUAAUGGUAUUUGCAGAAAUAUAUAUUUAAAUGAUAUUAUUAAUGAGUAUGCAUAUUUCAUAUAUUUGAGCACUUUAUGAUGGGUGACAUGAUAACAAAAACCUAAUAAUAAAUAUGUUGAUAAUUUAUCUUGGACAAAUUUAGGUUUCCGGGAAAUCAGAGCUUAA